CUUACUCCUAACCGUCACGGGCCCUCGCGGAAACUAGAGUGGGGCGCAAACCCCCAUUUCGACAUGGACGCCAUCCAGGUAGACAAUGAAGGCGGAACAGGUGGCUUCGGAAGCGCAGUCGACUUCCACAAGGUACUGCAUAGCAUUGUCGCUGGUGAUGAGAAGCUGCUGAAUGAGAAGAUGCGCGAUGAGCUGUUCUGCCCGCAACUCAAGCCUGAAGGGCAGAAGCAUGUGGUUACGUUGUAUGAGUGUAGAGCUAAGGAGGGUCUUGUUAGCUUUGCGCUAAGUUAGAGGGAGAUCGGCUUCAGCCUCAGUGGGAUGCCGAAUCUUAAGGCUGUUGAG